UGGUCCACACCCUCGGAGAUCUUGAAGAGCUACCAGGAGCAGAAGCUGUGGAUUGCUUCUCCUCAGUUCUACGAACUGAGCCGAAUGUCUCGUUUCCCUUCGCUGAAUGACCUCCAUAACUUCACCUACCAUCGGGCCACAGAGGGCUGCCAGCAGUGGACGCCUGUUGUUGUCCAAAAAGAUGAACACCAUAUUUCACUGCUGCCAGGGGACGAACUUUAUCCAGUGGACUCUUCAGGGCUGUCUCAGAGGGAGGAUUGUCAGGAUGGUUCUGGACUGCACCGCAUGGUGUUCUCUGGUUCCUACAGCAUAACUCUACAGAUCACCAUCAAACCCAAGUACAACCACCUGCUCCCUGUUGUGGAGCCAGUUGUGUCACAUCACUCCAAAGGUCAUCUUUGACCACCUCCUGUGCACCAGUAGAAAAAUAAAAAAGUGAUUGUAAUAGAGAUAAACAAAUUGAUCAUUUAAAAUUUUGCUUCUUGAAACUGCUUUACUCUCAGCAAAAGUUAUCAAGUAUUAAAGUGAAUCAUAUUUUCUGUGAAAACAAAAAUGAUUGCCAUUACAAGUGUAUGCAGUAGCUUUUUAAAACUUCAGUUUUUAAGUUUCAUGCAGUAAAAUUCAAAAGGAGAGCAGCUUGAUUGGAAACACAUUUCCACUGCCAACUCGUCUCAUUAAUACUUGAUCAAGAAACGUUUGCAUCCGAUUUGAGCACAAAUGGAGCCCGUUCAAUAUUGUAGGGAGGCUGAAUAGAGUUGAUUUUCUGCAGAACUGAGAAACAGUUUGGAAGUUUAAAUUUAAGUUUAAAUUAAUUUAUAAAAGAUUUAAGGUUUUUGUUAGAAGUUCAGAGGGAAGAACAAAGGGCAUCAAACUUCCUAGCAUGGGAUUUGUGUUCAGAACUCAUCCGUUUGUCUUUAGGUGAGGCGCUGAAGUUUUGUUUGAUUUUAAAAAGUAAGCUAGUUGCAACUAAUUGCUGUGAAAUACAUAAUUUAUAGCAUUAAAAUCUCUGGUGCACCUUUACAGUUGUCUCUUCUCAUGAUGAAACGUAACUUUAAGAUAAGUAGCAACAGUUGGAAGAAAUUAAGCAGUCGGCUGUGGAUCAGCGGUCAGAGCAAUCGCCCUCCACUGAGCGAGUCAAAUGUUCAAUUCCAUACGCAGUCACAUGUUGAAUUGCCCCUGUGCAAGACUCCGAACCCCUCAUUACCUCUGAUGUGUGCCCCAUCAAUGUAAACAUUUGAUAUAAAGCACUGAUUAGAUGAGUGUCUGCUCCUUGUCCUUGAAGGCCACUGUCCUCCAUGUUUUCACUGUUUCUCUGCUUUGA